GAGGAACUUGAACAGCUUGUUUUGAACCUUCAGGCAGAUCCUCGGUUAGUUAGGAAUGUUCUUUGACGAACAGAACUUCCUGUUGUUGAGUUCUGGAGCCGUGAUGUUGGAGGAAUACCGGGAAUUCUCACAAUGUGGCGUCUCAACAUUCUGCAUGUCGGUUUUACUCUGAUGAAGCAGCUCUGAGUAAACAGCUGAUCAGUAAACAGCUGAUCAGUAAACAGCUGAUCCUGAACAUGGCAGGCAGAUCCGUCUUUAAAACCUUCCUGGUUCUGGUUCCUCUGCUGGCUGGUUCUGAAGCAGAUCCAGAGGUUUCCUGUGUUUUCAGACACAGCUGCCUGCUGCCCUGUCAGUUCCAGUCCGGUUCUGGUUCGGUGAUCCGCUGGUCCAACCCGUCAUCAGCUGGAGACUCUGUGGUUCACUCCUACUAUGACGGCCAGGACCAGCUGGGUCAGCAGAACCAGAAGUUUCAGGGCCGGACGUCACUGAUCCUGGAUCAGAUCUCCAGAGGAAACGCCUCCCUGCUGCUGAAGGAGGUGAAGAUCCAGGAUGAGGGAAGAUAUAAAUGCAACAUCAGCAGCAGCACAGGAUAUAAAGAAUCAUUUAUAAACCUGAAGAUAGACGCUCCAGUCUCUGACAUCAGGAUCCAUCAGGAUGGAAACAGGAUCACCUGCAGCUCAGAGGGGAUCUACCCUCAACCUGAACUCACCUGGUCCACUGAGCCUCCAUCCAACACGGCUCUGCAGAACAGAACCACAGUCCAUCAGACUGAGGAGAAGCUUUAUGACAUCAGCAGCUCUCUGACGGGUCCAGAUGGUCCAGAUCUGAUCUACAGCUGCAGCAUCAGAACCAGGAGCAACAGGAGGACAGAAACCCUUAAAAAAGGAGAAUCAGCAGGAGGUAAAACCUGGAAGGUGAUUCUGGGUCUGAUUGGACCAGCAGGAGCAGCAGCAGCAGCAGCUUUUUUAAAGAAAAAGUGUAAGAAGGAGGAGAAGGAUGGAAAGAAGCAGAAGGGUGAUGAGGAGAAGAAGAGCAAGGACUCAAAAAAAGGAGAAUCAGAAUCAUUUGGAAAUUUUAGUGAAGAGUCAGACUCAGUUGACUUUCAGCAUUCUAGAGCAAUAAAGACGAUAAGGGACGACAUAAAAGGAGAAUUUGUUAAAAUAAAGAUGAGCGUGACCACGGAGGAACCAGAGAGCGGGUCUACGUAGACUCCUGGAAAACGCUGCAGCCAUUACAGAUGAGCAGCAGCUGCGAGGGGGCGGAGCCUAACGGAUGAGCUGCAGCUGGGAGGGGGCGGAGCCUAAUG